CAAAAACUUACGAGAUGAUACUUUCAUAUGGACAAAUGUUGGUGACCGCGGCGUUGUUGGUGAUGGUUUUCUUGGGCACCACCUCGUCGGAUAUGCUAUUGAACAUAUCGGGAAGUCUGAGGCAUCUACCAUCGAACUGUGUUGAGGCAGUGCGCUUGGAAGGUUCAGAGGCCAAAAGCGGCAUCUACCAAAUACAAUUACCGUUAAAAGGUUGGGAAGAUCGACCCUUCUACGUUUACUGUUUACUCGAUCACAAAGACGGUGAUCCUUGGUUGUUGGUGCAGCGUAGACAGGACAGAUUCAUAGACUUCAAUCGCAACUGGACUGAUUACAAGAUUGGUUUCGGAAACUUGGCCACAAGUUUCUUCAUUGGCCUGGACAAACUGCAUGCGCUCACACAAGUGCAAAUUAAUGAGCUACAAAUCAAAUUGCGUGAUUUCAACGAUGCCGUUAAGUACGCCAACUACGAUAAUUUCGCAGUGGGUGAUGAGAGCGGAAAAUAUCCAUUGAAUAUUUUGGGAAAAUAUUCUGGAAGUGCAGGCGACUCCUUACUCGAACAUCACAGUGGACAAAAGUUCAGUACAUACGAUCAGGAUAACGACAAUUCGUCUUCGAAUUGUGCGCAAACUUUCAAAGGGGGUUGGUGGUUUCGAAACUGCCUCAACAGUAACCUAAAUGGCAAAUAUUUGAAAAGCACUGACGAAGAACAAAGGAAGGGCCUCAUCUGGUUUUCAUGGCACGGCUUCUCUAAAUCGUUGAAAUAUGCGCAUAUGGCAAUAAGGCCAAAAGAUAGUGCAAAAAUGCGGAUACGUGGAAUUAGGAUGAGGACAUCUAAAGGCCAGUUAAAAAGUCAUCAAAAUUAAUAUGCAUCUAUCAUAUACCAUAUCCAAUUCAUUUACGAUAGUCCGAAAGAGACAUAUUUUUGCAGGACAUAUUUAUUGUUUUAACAGAUCCAAGAAUGUUCUUGAAAUAAAUCAGCAAAUCAAAUGCA